CCCGAAUUUGGCUAUAGAGUGACGUCUCUAACUUUUUUUUGUUUUGCAAAACUACAUAUGUAGUAACAAAAAAAUUGUGUUGGCAACAAAUCAAAAUUCAAAAUGUCACUCGCCUAACCUAAAACCUGCCACAAAAUGCGAAUUCUGCGGCCUUUUUGCGGUUUGAAACCCCUCUCGGGGGUUCAGAGCCGUCAAUUAUCGACCAUCCAGCCGGUGAAGCUCGCCUAUGCCUCGUAUGAAAGUACAAACUCCCCCAGUGAGCACGACCCAGCCCCCCUGAUAGUCAACCACGGCCUUUUCGGCUCCAAGUCCAACUGGAACAGUUUGUGUAAAGUGUACCACAACAAAACCGCCCGGAAAGUGAUCGCUGUUGAUGCACGCAAUCACGGCGAUAGCCCCCAUACCGAGCAACACACGUACGAGCACCUAGCGCUCGACUUGAAGGAGCUUUUGAGGCAGUUGAAGUUUGAUAAGGCGGCGUUUUUAGGGCACUCGAUGGGGGGCCGCGCUGUGAUGUAUUUCGCCUUGAAAUAUCCUGAACUUGUAGAUAAAUUGAUUGUAGCUGAUAUUUCUCCCGUGACGACUAGUCCGAAUUUGAAGACAAUGCCGAGUCUUUUUAACGUUAUGCAAAAUUUGAACAUGCCCAAAAAUGUGUCAAUGUCAGUGGCGAGGUCUCAGACUGACUUGCAAUUGGCCAGGUUUGUUAGUGAUAAAGGCCUAAGGAAUUUUUUGUUGACGAAUUUGGUGCAAAAACUGGACGGGAGUUACAUUUGGAGAAUUAAUAUUCCUACUUUAAUGGCCAGUUUUGAAGAAAUUGCAACUUUUCCCCCUAUUAAUAAAUACAAAUUUGAGGGGCCUGUGUUAUUUAUAGGGGGUGGAGCCUCGGACUAUAUACAGAAAAGUGACCACGACCAAAUACUGAAAUUAUUUCCAAAGGCCCAAUUUCAGUAUAUUGAAGGAGCAGGUCAUUGGUUACACAGUGAAAAGCCCUCGGAAUUCCUACAACACACUAUAGAGUUUUUAAAUAAAUAAACAAAAAAUCAGUCAAUGGUAUAUUUUAUAAAUAAAUGCACAAUUUAGAACACA